AUGGCCUCGCCCUCGGCGGAGGUGGAUCGAGAGUCGAGGUUCGGAGUGAGCACCUCCGAGUCAGCGGCUCGGCCUUGUGCAUCCUGCGGGCCUUCGCGCCUCUGCAUGCUGCAUGGUCACGGGCGUCUGCUCGCCGCUCCCGCGCUCCACGGCAACGAGGGCGACGUGAGAAAGCGCAGGGUCGUCUGCGCGGACGUUGGCGGGACGCCGCCAGCGUCAGGUCGCGCGAAGGCGCCCCCGGCUCCACGCCGCAUGCCGCGCUGGCGACCCGCGCAGGCCGCUGCGGAGAGCCACCACGCCAUCGUGUGUAUAACGCCUUCUUCGUUCGACGCUCGCGUAGGAGCGGAGUGGAGAUCGCCCCAUCUUGUACAUUAG